AUGCCCGCCAGGAGGAGGAUGCUGCCAUUCACGAACCUGCUUCAGUCUAUCAGAAGCAGCAGUCGCCGUGGUGCGGGCGACGACACCGAGGACGAGCGCCGGCCCUACUUUCGAACAAGACAUGCCACCGCCGAUUUCACGGAAGCCGACGACGACGACGACGAUGACGACGAUGAGGAAGAGGACGAAGACGACGCCAACGAUAAUGACAUCUCCCCAAAUGACGAGGACAGAGGUGGCAGGCGCCCUCCCGCGAGGGGCGCCGUGCUGCCUCUUUUCUCCGAGUCUCACCUCGAUUCCCUGCCCGUCUACAAUAUCACCCACACAAUCCGGAUGAUAGUCCAGUCUAGGACUGAGACAGCCCUGACUUGGGACCAGCUGAGGUCGCCCCAGGUCUCACAAUUCCUGGUCAAGCCCAUGCAGCAACAGAUCCGCACCCAACAUUUCUCCAGGGCUACCAUAUACGCCCUCAUGGCAAACUGCCUGCAGUUUGCCAAGGAGGGACAGCUCAACCCUGGCAACGCCGGAACCUGUAGCACUAGGGCCAAGGUCUGCGAGCUCCUCGCCAUCAAGCUCCUCAAGGACUACUCCACCAGGGAGCUUAUCGAUGCCCUGUCUUAUGAUUUCUACCCCAUGCAGGGCAUGCCCGGUGCGCCUGUCCUUGUCGAGAGAUCCGAUCGCAUCACCAGCCUCGAGCUGAUCUUCUGGUUCUGGAGCGCUGGCUUCAUGAUGGACGAGCUUGUAGGCUUCACCGAGCAAGGUUUCUCGUUGUAUAUCAUGAGCUUCUGGAAUAUUUUCGACUUGGGGAUCCUCCUCCUGUUGAUUAUAUACUACUGCAUGCGCAUCUACACGGUGUUCCUGGUCGACUCGCAUCAUGGCGUCGAUGCCUACGAUGUGCUGGCUGCAAAUGCAGUCCUGCUGCUGCCGCGGAUAUUCUCGGUCCUCGACCACUACCCCUACUUUUCUCAGAUCCUUCUGGCGAUGAGGAUCAUGAGCGUAGACCUGGCCGCAGUCUUCGUGUUGAUCUUCAUCUCGUGCAGCGGCUUCUUCGUUUUCUUCCUCACAAACACCAAAGCAGAUGCCGCCGAAGUGGCAUACAAGAUAUUCCAGAUCCUAAUGGGUUUCACUCCGGCGGCUUGGGACGUCUGGCCUACGUACACUUGGAUUGACAGAACACUCAUGGUCCUAUUCCUGAUUAUCUGUCACUUCGUGGUAGUCACCAUCCUCAUCACUGUCUUGACCAAUUCCUUCAUGUCGAUCGCUUCGAACGCAAAGGAAGAGCAUCAGUUCCUCUUUGCCAUCAACACAAUCGCCAUGGUGAAGGACCAGUCUCUCUUCUCUUACGUUGCCCCUGGCAACAUCUUUGCGUGGAUGCUGAUGCCAUUUCGUUACUUCAUGCCUCUACGUCACUUCGUGUGGUUGAACCGAACCAUCAUCAAGAUCACACACUUCCCACUGCUAUUCGGCAUCUUCCUCUACGAGAAAUACAUCCUCUCCCCCUCAAUGUUCGAGCCGACAGAUUUUGUCGAGCACCCGGAACGGAGCCGGGCGAGGGCGCUGUCCAUGAAUCCCGUGGGAAGGUCUUCGCUGUUUAGCCCCACCAUUCGUAUCCGAGAGGGUUCGGUUGCCGGGUUUCAGCAGGACCGCGCCUUGGAGGAGGUUUUCCGGAGGACGCCUGAUUUUGCUUCGCUCCGUACGCAGAGGAUGCACGAGCGCAAGCGGACUCAAAACGCCGUGAGGAGUUGGAUGGAUCGGAACGAGACCAUACCUGAGUCACCGAACAACGUAUCAGUUAUCGAGAGUCGUGCGCAACCAGAUUGGCAACGGAGGCUCAACGGAAGCAAGGAGAGAACGCCUGUGAGACUCCGGAAUCUUUCCGAAGUCAGGUCGAUUAUGAGUGACCCCGCGGAACUCAUGUCGACCGUGGACGGGCCCAUGGAUGCAGUCGACCGGAGGGACCACGUGGAGCGCAGAAUAUUGAAGGACCAAGAUGCGGAUGACGAGCUUGUUACCAACGACGAAGAUGAGGAUGAGGCCGCGACUGCUCCCAGUCGACGGAGUAUCACAAGAUCGCGGGUGGACGAAGACGACUACUUCACAACUCCGACUGCUACUCGGUUCAACAACCGCAUUAUAUCGACCUCCCUUGGUUCGUCGAACCGCUCGCCUGCACACCAGCUGGCACCACCUCCCCCGAAACGGGCCGGCAUGCACAACCGUACUUUGUCCUCUAACACGAUUCUCUUUAACCCACCAAUAAGCAGCCGUCUGCCGCCUAAUGACGAUGAUUCCUCUUCCGGCCCACCUAGCAAACCUCGUUCUCGGCCUUUAAGCGGCCGUCCGACACCAGGCGCAGAGAAUCCUCCCGGAUACAAGUCACCGCGGCGUCCUGCUAAUCUUGGCUCUGCCCGCCCAAGGCCGAUCAUGCCACCUCGUGACAAUAUGCACACGGCUCCCCUCAUAAGUCGUUUUACUGGCAUGACCGCCGACCCGCAACCGCGUCGACCACCCAAGACGCGUCGCAUGUCAUCCUCUGAUCUGCUCGACGUCCAGUCAGAUCUCGCAGGCGUUGGGGCUGACGACGCCUUCGGGGGCGUUCCGUCCAGCUUCGUGACGCAGAUGGCCAUGGCAACCGGUAUGAUCACGCCCGGUGGUCCUCGCGCCACCGACAAAGCACAGCGAGAACGUGACAACGACCGAGACCGGAUGAGUCGCUUGGUGCUGGCAAGGAUGAAAACACUGGAAGAGGGCUUCUCGGAUAUGGUCAAGGAAAUGCGGGGACUGCAGCGGUCGAGCGCUAUGCCGUCCACCGCCCGCAACUCGGCCAGCGAAGGCGGUUCGAUCGUCUGGGAUGGGGAAGGGGACGGGGUUAGAACGCCCUACACCAUUUUCGAGGCCGCGGGCAGAAACGGCGCCGCGAUUGGUGGCGCACGGAACAGCGGGAGAGGCUCCAAGGCCAACUCGGUCGGCAAGGCCAGCGGCUCGCGGCCAGGGAGCCGGCGGGGCGGGAACAAGUCCAACCGAAACAGCGUGAUCCUGAGGUCGCCCGUUGAGUCGACCUUUGGCGGCGACUACAAGGGGAAGGGGAAGGAGCCCGAGACGAGGCAGGGCCGUGAGGACUCGGGGUCUGAAGGCGGUGCCGAGGCUGCCGCGGAGCAGCGGCGGCCGAGCUUUACGCGCAAGGGGAGUUCCUACUGA